AUGCGUUAUCCAAUGACAAAUAAACACUCGUCUCCGUCAGGUUCACCGCGGAAGAGGUUAUUUUCAGCAAAAAGAGUGGGAAGUAAGGAAUAGCAAUAACAGAAAUGCAAAGCUACUGCAUCUAUUAAGACUGGAUCAUCAAUAGAAACAUUAAAGGAAGUUUUGAUGAAACAAACACAAAUGAGUAAUAAGCAUACAAACAACUUGAAUUAUUUUGUUCAUAAUAACAAAAGGGAGAGUUAAAACAAAUUGGAUACAAAAACAAGUGAUUCUACAGAACGAGUAAAUAUACGACAGGGUACGUUGUCUAAAGAAAAAACAACCAUUUCAGAAUUGACAACAAAAAAAACUAGUAUAACUAAAAGUGAGUUUGAAUGGAAUAAAUGUUAAUUGCCACUGACACCCCAAGUUUGUUUGGCAAAAUAUGGAUACGCAUUGACAGAGUUUGAAAAGACUGAGAUUCUGACAUUCAAGAGAAUUUAUUGUAUAGGAAUUAAUGCCAAAAAAAUAUAGUAAUCGCAAAGUAAUUUCAAUGAUGGAUUUGACAAUGCCUAAGGAGAAUACCUAUAUGCAUUGCACGAUCACAUAGGUUACAGAUACGAAUUGUUGGAACAUGUAGGUUCUGGUAGCUUUGGAUAGGCAUUCAAAGUCUUUGACCAUAAGAGACAGUAAGUUCUCUGUCUAAAAGUCAUAAGAAAUCAAAAGAAGUUCUAGAACUAGGCUCUUGUGGAAUUAAACAUCUUGUCUUUCAUCAGAGACAAAGAUGAAGAAAACAUUACCAACAUAGUCAAAAUCAAGGACUUUGUAAUCUUCAGAAAUCAUGUGUGUAUUAUUUGUGAACUCUUGUCACUUAAUUUGUACGAACUCAUUAAAAACAAUAACUAUUAGGGAUUAUCAUUAGAACUUAUUCGUAGAUUUGCCAUUUAAAUACUCAAUGCCCUCAACUUUCUGUACAAACAUAAAAUCAUUCAUUGCGAUCUCAAACCAGAGAAUAUACUAUUGAAAUAACCCAACAAGAGUGGAAUUAAGAUUAUUGAUUUUGGGAGCAGUUGCUUUGAAAAUGAAAGAAUCUAUAGUUACAUCUAAUCCAGAUAUUACAGAGCCCCAGAAGUUAUCUUUGGCAUUCCAUAUGACAUGGGAAUAGACAUGUGGAGUUUUGGAUGUAUUAUGGCUGAAUUGUACAUUGGCUAUCCUAUCUUUCCUGGCGAGAAUGAAUAAGAAUAAAUUGCUUAUAUUAUGGAAGUGAAGGGACUCCCUGAUCAAACUCUAAUUGAGAAAGCCUCCAGAAAGAAACACUUUUUCACAUCUAGCACUCCUUAUUAACCUUUGCCCUAUAAGAACAAGAGAGGAAAAAUUAGAGUUCCCAAAUCAAAAGACUUGAAAUAAAUUCUGAAAUGUCAAGAUCAAUUGUUUAUAGAUUUUCUAGAAAAUUGCUUCAAUUGGGAUCCUUAAAAAAGAAUGAAACCCAUUGAUGCCUUGAUGCACUAAUGGAUUUUGGAGGGAUUACCCAAAGAAAUUAGAACUUAACAUAUCAAAUAUUUAGAAUCAGAGUAAAUGACUUAAAAAGUAUUCUUCAAAAAUAAUGAAACUAAACGACAACAUCACAUCUCUGAACCAGAAAUGGAAAAAAAGAAAUCCAGUAGUAGUUAUAGUUAAAAAAAAUCAAAAGAAAAGGAUAUUAAUCUCACUCUCUACGGGAAUAUCAAUAAUGAAACUACUCCAUAAAAUAAACGCAUUUUAUCGUAAUCAUUUCAUACAUCCAAAAAUGGAAGUAAUUAAAAGUAUUAACAAUAUUUUCCUGGCACAACCAAAAAUUAACCAUUAAAAUAUAAAUUUUAUUGA